AUCAUUUUCCUCCUUUUUAAUUGUUUUGAUCCUACGAUGCUCAAAAGUCGUAGUAAUCCACUAUUUGUUGGAAGAAGAAACAGAGUGGGAGAGAGAGAGAGAGAGUGGAAGAUGUUUCAUUUCUAAAAUCAAGAUUCAUCAUCAUUCAUCACCAGACACAAGAGUUUUGAAUCAUUUGACAAAGCCUGCCACCACACGUUCCAGUCCAUACAAAAACAAAAACUUGGGUUUUUCAAUUCCUAUCUCGCUUGGGUCAUUUGUCUUUCACUUGCUCGAUCUUAUGUCUCUGAGAAGACAUCGGGUUUCUUUAGAUUACUAGCUUUAAACCCAUACGCAUAUGUUCGAAUCUGGUUCUGUUUCUCUGGUUUAUGCUUCACGAGAUUGAGUUUCUUCAAAGUUCAGAUUUUACUUUUUUUUCCCCCUUUUUUCCUGGAAUUCUUCUGUAUUACUUUGCUUCAUCUUCACUAUUCCCUUCCUCUUUUCUUUUAAAUAUUCUAUUUUUCCGAGGGGUUUUCUUGUUUCUGACAAAUAAAACCUUUUCUUUUCUCUCUGCUGGGAAAUUACAAUAAUCAAUUAUCUUUCCUGAGUUUUAUGACAACUCAAGUUGUCUUCUUGUUCAGAGUUCUGUAAUUAAUUGUAUAAUACUGAUAAGUUUAGUGUUCUUUUCUUCUUUGUUCCUAACUACUGUUCUACAUUGCUUACAUUGAGCUGUCGUCGUCUCCAUUUCACUCCCACUUCCUCUUUGUUUUUUUUAAUUCUGUCAGAAUUUGGAUCGCGUUCAGGUCAGCUGAGAAAAAUGUUAAUUUCAGCUGAAAAAGGAGAGAUCUUGAUCUCUCAACCUCUGGUUAGCUCAAUGUCAGUUCCUGAAUCUAUUGAAUCGCCACAACCUGUUCCUUUGGUCUACACCGAUGUAAAUGUUGUUCCGGAACAUGAAAGAAAUGAGCUUGAAAAGUCAAUAUCAAGCCUCGAAGGGGAAGUUUUGGAAUUGAAGUUGAAGCUAAAGUCUUUGGAUGAAAAGAGAAAGGGAGUUCUGAAUAAGAUUAUAGACACUAAAGGAAGUAUACGUGUGUUCUGUAGAGUUAGGCCAUUUCUAUUGACAGAAAGGAGACCGAAUAGGGAACCCGUUUCUUUUGGACCAGACAAUGUUGUUGUUAGAUCUGCAGGAGCUCGAAAGGAAUUUGAGUUUGAUAAAGUUUUCCAUCAAUCAGCAACUCAAGAAGACGUUUUCGGAGAAGUAAAACCGAUUCUUAGAUCUGCCCUUGAUGGUCACAAUGUAUGUGUCUUGGCUUAUGGUCAAACGGGGACAGGAAAGACUUUCACCAUGGAUGGAACAAACGAGCAACCAGGCCUUGCUCCUAGAGCUAUUAAAGAGCUUUUCAAUGAAGCUUCAAUGGAUCAUACACAUUCCGUGUCUUUUACGAUGAGUAUGUUGGAAAUCUACAUGGGUAACCUGAAAGAUCUGUUGUCUGCAAGACAGCCUUUGCGAUCAAAUGAAGCCUCAACUAAAUGCAACCUCAAUAUUCAAGUAGACUCAAAGGGUUCGGUCGAAAUUGAAGGUUUGACCGAAGUGGAAGUGCAUGAUUUUACAAAGGCAAGAUGGUGGUACAACAAAGGAAGACGAGUCAGAUCAACUUCUUGGACAAAUGUGAAUGAAGCUUCGAGCAGAUCUCAUUGUUUAACAAGGAUUACGAUCUUUCGUCGUGGGGAUGCUGUGGGGUCAAAAACUGAAGUUAGCAAGCUUUGGAUGAUAGAUCUCGGGGGAAGCGAGAGGCUCUUGAAAACCGGGGCAAUAGGGCAAACACUGGAUGAAGGAAGGGCCAUAAACCUCUCACUUUCCGCUCUUGGAGACGUUAUUGCAGCUUUAAGAAGAAAGAAGGGACAUGUUCCUUACAGAAACAGCAAGCUAACUCAAAUCCUUAAAGAUUCUCUAGGUACUAGAUCGAAGGUUCUUAUGCUUGUGCACAUAAGUCCACGUGAUGAAGAUGCGAGUGAAACAAUUUGCUCUCUGAACUUCACAAAACGUGCGAGAGCCGUAGAGUCUAACAGAGGAUUAACAGAAGAACUUCGAAAGCUAAGAGAAAAGAAAAUAUCGGAACUUGAAGAAGAAAUGCAAGACAUUCAAGAAAGUUUCAAGAAGAUUAAAGCGCGGUUACAGGAAGCAGAGUGUCUGCUUAGUGAAAACAAGAAACUCUUGUGGACCACUAGUGAUAAUUAUCAAGAAGACAUCGAAAAGAAAGUUCUUUCGCCUUUAGAUCAUUUAAAAGAUACCAAUGCAACCCCAAAAUCAUCUGAUAAACUUGUCAAAAUAAGCAAGAGUUCUGGGUUUGUCCCACGUUUCAUGAAUUCAACUGUUGCCAGUCGCAUAAGGCAAACAAUGUCAGAGAAGGAAAUCAAUGCAAAGCCUCAGAGCAUACGAUCAGUGGCUAGAAAUCUUGCUCACUUCUCCACUUCUCAGUCACUUAGCCUCUCUGACUCACGUAGUAGAGGUCUCCUUCGAAGAUCAUACACAAAGCCUCUCCAAGCUGCAGCUAAUAGUGGAACACCAGAAACGCCUAAAAGGGAUAUCAAACAGAGAAAGAACAUCGAUGAUACUUCUUCGCCAAGGAGCAAGAUGGUUACUUCAUCAGAUCCAAAUGUGAGAGCUAAACUUUGUCACCAUAGGCGAAGAAUGUCAAGUUUGACAUGAUCUAACAGCGAUCAAUCAAGAAACAGGUCUUUCUUCUUUCUUUUCCAUGUCUUGUGAAUGCUCAAGUUUAUUAUUUUUGUUUUUCGGAGUUCUGGUUUGAGCCCGAGUAAGGUGAUGGUUCAGUUGUGAUAUUAGGACCAUUUGGCACUUGUGGAUUGCAGUUCUGGUUUUAAAAGGACACAGCCCUCAAGUUACUUCUUU